AUGAAUAAACAAUCAUUGAAUACAAUUACACCAUUAUUAUGUAUCACAAUACAUAUAGAAAAUUAUAUUGAAUUAUAUAUACAUGAUGAUUAUUCAUUACCAAUAUUACAAUAUCGUUAUGAACAAUAUUAUAAUAAACCAUGGAAACAACCAAAAAAAUGUAUUAAAACAAAAUUAAUAUUAACUUAUACAUCAUUAAUAUUAAAAAAUGGUUCAUGGUGGCCAUAUCGUUAUGAAAAUGUAAUUCAAUAUAAAACAAUACAAAAAAUUAUUCUAUUUAAUCAACAUAAAUUACAAUUAGCUAUUGGUUUAUAUGAUGAUGAUUAUAUUGAAAAACAAUUUUUAAUUAUAACAACAAAAAAUAUUACUGAUAUUGAUAAAUUAAUUCAAUUAAUUGAUACACAAUUAUUAAUAUGGAAAUAUACAUUCAAUAAACAAAUCGAUUAUUAUCCUUAUCAAUUAUAUAAAAAAAAAUUAAUAACCAAUAAUAAAUUACAAUUAAUACCAUUAAAGAAUAAAGCAUUAAAUAGAAAAGGUUUAAUUGAUAAAAACCAAAUGGUUCCAAUGACAAAUCAUGUAAUUGGAUUGAAUUCAUUAAGAAAUACUUCAUUUAAUCAAUUGAAUGAAAAGAUUAUUGAUAAAUCGAAUGGUAUAUUAGAAAUUAAUUAUAAUAAUCCACAAUCAAAUCAUCAUUAUAAUGAGCAUAAAUCAAUACUACAUACGUAUAAUAAUAUGAAUGAUCAUGAUUUAUAUAAUGAUAAAAGAAUAAUUGAACCAAUUCCAAGUACUUCAAAUAUUAAUCAUCAUAAUAAACAUCGAAAAGAACAUAAUAUCAAAAAAGAAAAAGAAGAAAAUAAAAAAAUAAAAAAUAAAUUAUGUCAAACAGAUUCUUAUUAUAUUGAGAAUAAUAAUAUCAAAUCAUGGGAAGUUGAUAUUAAACAUUGAAUAUGAUCUCAUCUUAUACAUACAAGUAUGUAUACACAUUGAAAUGACUAGCAAAAUAAUAACAUGAACUAAAAGAAAAUGAAAUCUUUCCUUCUUUUUUCUUUUAAGAAAAACAAAACUGGUUUGGAAUAUUCUUUCUGUUGGUUGUUUUGUCUACUUGAAAAAUAAUAUUCCUCUAAUGAUUGUAUCAUUUACACAAUUAUUUCCGGAGAUUUUUAUUGAUUUGUUUGUUUCUAUGUUGUUGUUUGAAUUUUAUUCAAAGUGGGAAAAAGCAUUUAUUGUUAGUAUAAUCAAGGGGGAGGGGAGGAGAAUAAAAGGUUUCUAUGAAUUACUAAUGUUUUGAGAGAGAAAAAAAUGUAUAAAUCAAUGAAUGAUAAUAGUUCAUAGAUUGUGUGUGAUAUUGUGCUUGAAUAUGGGAACAUAAUGUUUUCUUUUUAGAUCAUAAAUUUAUUCUGAAAUGUUAGUUAGUAUAUGGUCUAUUACAAUUUUGAAGCCAUUUAUCAUGAUAACAUUAGGAUAAGUUAGUUUUCCUGUACAAAAUAUGUAAUUUUAAAUUACUUUAACUGAAUUAUUAUCAUUCACCAAUAAAGAUGGUAUGACUUGUAGGCAAAAUUUACAUACAAAUGAGUUACCAUUAAUAUCUUUGAUUUUUACUGAAUAAAUUCCAGAAUCUUUUGAUGCUUUCACCGAUGGAAGGAUGCAUAUACUGGUUUGAGCAGAUUUAUCAAAAUCACAAUAAUUAGGAUCCAACGGAGCAUCGUUGCGAAACCAAAAAACU